UUCAGUUAUCAAAUGUGAAAUUUAAUUUUUCACAUCCAAAUUCUCGUUUUAUUUUUGUUAGAAGCUGUUUUAAAUAUUGACUGAAAAUUUUUGAGCUUGAAAAAGUAAAUAUAAUAUAAAGAUAUGCCUGGUGUUGUUGAAGUACAAGUAAAUGGGGAACCCACUCCAGCAAUAGAUGAAGAAGAAAUUAUGCCUAAAGGUCCCUAUCCUGUUCCCAUUGUUGUGACAACAGAAAAUCACAACUUUACUCUUGAUGAAGAGAAAUUGUCUUCGCUGUUACUCCAAGAUUCAAUCAAGGAUUUACACGUUGCUGUCAUCUCAGUUGCUGGAGCUUUCAGAAAAGGAAAAUCGUUUUUGUUGAAUUUUUUUCUUCGGUAUCUGCAAAGUAAUGGGGAUGUAGAAUGGAUGGGCCAAGAAGAUACUGAAUUAUCAGGUUUCUCAUGGCGAGGUGGAUCUGAGAGAGAUACAACUGGUAUAUUGAUGUGGAGUGAGGUAUUUACUUGUACCACCCCAUCAGGCGAGAAGAUUGCCGUCAUACUUCUUGAUACACAAGGAGCUUUUGAUUCUCAAUCAACAGUGAAAGAUUGCGCAACAGUAUUUGCACUCAGCACAAUGACAUCUUCUGUACAAGUUUACAACAUUUCUCAAAACUUGCAGGAAGAUGAUUUGCAGCAUUUACAUCUCUUUACUGAAUAUGGAAGACUAGCAAUGGAAGAGUUCUCUGAUAAACCUUUUCAGAGUUUGCAAUUCCUUGUGCGAGAUUGGAGUUAUCCUUAUGAAUUCGACUAUGGGUUGGCAGGAGGAGAAAAGGUUUUGGAAAAGAGAUUAGAAACGAAAGAAGAACUUCAUGACGAAUUACAGAGAGUUCGUUCUCAUAUUCAAUCUUGUUUUUCUGGUCUUUCAUGCUUCCUUAUGCCUCAUCCAGGAUUGAAAGUAGCCACCCAUCCUAAAUUCAGAGGAUGUUUGAAAGAUAUUGAUCCUGAUUUCAAGACAAACCUCAAAGAGCUUGUUCCUUUAUUACUUUCCCCUGAAAAUCUCGUCGUUAAAGAAAUCAACGGAUCUAAAGUUACCUGUAAAGAUUUAGUUGAAUAUUUUAAAGCUUACGUGAAGAUAUAUCAAGGAGAAGAAUUGCCUGAGCCUAAGACUAUGCUCCAGGCUACAGCAGAGGCGAACAACCUGGCAGCUGUUGCACAAGCACGAGAUCUGUACAUUGGUUUAAUGGAAAAGGUUUGUGGAGGUGACAUGCCUUAUGUCAAUCCGGAACUUCUAGAUGAUCGUCACAAUGAGAUUAAGCAACAAGCAGAAGAACAAUUUACCAACACCAGAAAAAUGGGCGGAGAGGAGUUCAGUGAAAGAUAUAAAAUAAAUCUGAUAAAAGACAUUGAUGAAGCUUUCGAUUCGUAUAUAAAAGCAAACGAUGCUAAAAACAUUUUUCAUGCCGGUCGUACACCAGCUACAUUCUUUGCAUGUGCACUUUUGUGUUACAUCAUAUCAGCCCUUUUUGGUUUUGUGUACAUAGACUCGUUGGCAGCAUUGUUCAAUCUAGCUUUCGUCUCUUGCCUUGCUGGACUUCUCGUUUGGUCUUAUGCACGAUUUACUGGAAAACACAACGAAGUUGCUCAAACUUUAGACAACAUUGCGAAUGCUAUUUGGGAAGGCUUCAUGAAUCAUAUGUAUGAAGCAGCUGUGGAGAAGGCACAGUCACAACCUGCCGUUCAAGAUUUUACUCGUCGAUUAUCAACUCAAGUGCAAUCAAGCUUGCAGAACAAACCGAAAACAAAUUAACUGAUAAAAAUUCCGAUGUCUCAAUUUGUUCACCUGUGAAUUCUUUGCUAAAUAUUGUGAUUUAUAUAUAAAUAUAUUUUUGUGAAAAAUCGAUUUGCAUAAAAGUCUAUCACAUAUCCAUUCUAUGGACAUUAUAACACCUGAACAAAUACAUGCUCGAUUUUAGUAAAAAAAAAAUUUGUGUUGUGUGUAUUAAUAUAUUUCUUGUUGCUAUAAUUCCUAUCUGUAUUUUUGUGUGUAAAAGUCGAGCAGAUUUCUUCUGUUUUCAAAUUAUAUAGUUGCAAAUGGGGUGAAUAAUUUAUAUUGUUGUUUGCCAGUAACAGAAGUUAUCUGGUGCGCAAUCUUUAAUGGUAAUCCGCAAGAGUAGAUAAUAUGUAAUUUGCAAAAGUUCGAACCAAACUUUUCAUAUUUUUGCUUAUCUGCUUUCAGGGUAACAAUUUAUCGCGUUCACGAGAGUCGCUCUUGUUCCACUAUUCCAUAUGUAUAGACUGUCAUCUUUGUUAAUUUUUUACCUCAAUUUUUGUUUUUGUGUGGUGAAAAAUAUGUUCCAUAUAGGAUAUAGAACCAUAUAGGAUAUAGAACCUAAUGUUUAACUCCCACAUCAUUGUCAGUCAUAUUGAAAUUUAGUUGUCAAUUUAGUCAUAUUGAAAUUUAGUUGUCAAUUUAGUCAUAUUGAAAUUUAGUUGUCAAUUUAGUCAUAUUGAAAUUUAGUUAUCAAAUUUUUCACCAAUUUUGCUUGCGGUGCUAUUUUUCUUUAUUUGUUUGUUUGCGGUCGACCGUAUUCUGCGAAAUGUAGUCUCGAACAUGACAUAUUUUGAUGCAAUGUUCCUAUAUGAUUAUUUAUAUAUUUAUCGAUUUUGUCUAUGGGUAUCUUUGGUUAAUCUUCUAAUCUUGCCAUCAAAAUGUUAGUUACUGUACCAAUAAAAAUAAUUUUUGGUCUUGGUAGUUGAAAUUUAAGAUUGUAACCAUUUUAUGGAUUGGUGUUUGAGGAAUGAUGGGUGUUUUUAUUUGAAAAUGAUAGUGUGUUAUAAAACUUAAAUUACAUAUUCUAUUACAGGACUGCAUGAUGUGAACAAGUUGUUUAUUUGUAAUGGUGUAUUUUGCAAUGAAAAGUUGUUUGUGUUUAAUAGUGUAUUCGGCAAAACCUCAUUUUACUGUUGACUGGAAAAUUUGAUGAGGAAAUAUGUUCUGGGAUCUCAAUUUUGAAAUAUAAAGCAAAUUUGGACAUAUUUCUGACAAUAUAAUAAAUAUCCCAGUUACUCCUGCCGCUGGUGGUGACUUGAGCAUUGCCUUUAUUCUGUACAAUUUUUUUUUGUUAAAUUUCCAAAUCGUUGUUUUUGGUUAGUUAUUUAAUAGCCAAUAUCUUGUGUGUUUGUGACUGCCAUUGAUUCUUAUAGGUUUUUCCCUAAAGUAGAUGUGAAAAAUAAAGAUAAUUUAUGAAAA